AUGUGCGAAUCUGACGAUGAUGUUGAUGACGAUCGCCAAGGAACGCCACCACCUCCAUUCUCCCUCGAUCUAAUCACCCUCUCAAUGCCAGUGAUCACGUCCGACUCUGGUUUGGAUGGCAUCGACCUCAAUGACAUCAUACAUCAAUCAAAGCUCGUUAGCGUCAUACUACCAGAUGAGCCAACAGUACAAGACGCCCCACCACAACUCACAAAGACACCUGGCACACCAAAGAUGCCGGGUACACCAAGGGCACCAGGUACCCCAAAGGCACCGGGUACACCCAAGGCACCAAGCACACCAAGACAGAAGGCUGGCGCCAGUAGUGCUAGAUCACCUCGACCGGCAUUACCCGUGCCUCAGCUCACUUUGCAACCACCACCAUCACCAGGCAACCCUUUGUACGCACAUCAUCACCAUCACAUGCCAAACGAACGCGAGUACAUUCAAAGAUAUCGAUUCCUCAAAGCGAAUGAGUCGGCGCUGAACCAGCCAUCAUACCGCGAGCUCACCGAUGAGAAGCAGACAGCACCAUUCAACAAGCCUACCAACUAUAUCAUCUACCAGGGCAAGUCGGUGGAGGAGCAGGACGAACAAGUAGAGUAUGACAUGGACAGCGAGGAUGAGCAGUGGCUCGAAGAGUACAACGCCACGUCCAAGACCGUCUUCACCGAGGACGACUUUGAAGAGGUCAUCGAUCGUUUGGAGAAGGAGACCUUUGCAUAUAAACAAUCGAUUGGAAGCGACAUGUUUCCACACUUUAGCGCACACGAGGCGGAGGAUGUGUGCUCGGUGUGCUUCGACGGUACAUCGGAUGACACCAACCAGAUAGUAUAUUGUGAUGGUUGCGACAUUGCGGUUCAUCAAGAGUGCUAUGGCAUUGUACUAAUACCCGAGGGUCAUUGGUUCUGUCAGAAGUGCGAGUCUGCAAACAAGGACAACAUUACAUGUGCACUAUGUAAGAAGUCAAGCGGUGCACUCAAACAGACUGUUGAUGGAGAAUGGGCGCAUUUGGUGUGCGUGUUGAACAUGCCAGAGAUUGGUCGACAGGCAAUCACUGGAUUUGGCAAGGACAAGAUGGGACCGACAAAGUUGUUCUCAAUGAUACCCAAGCAGAGAUUUAAGAUCAUGUGUACAGUCUGCAAGAAGAAGGGUGGAGCAUGCAUUCAAUGUCGAGAACGCAACUGUGCCGUGGCCUUCCAUCCCUACUGCAUCAAGAGACAGCAGAAGGAUAUCCUGAAGGACAGUCCCACGCCAUUCCUGAUAUUCUGUUCCAAGCAUGUCAAGGGACAUCACAAAGGAAAGGACACUGAGGAUACCAUCAAGCCAACAUCACAUUCAAACAAGAAGAACAAGAAUGACAAAGACAACGACGACGAUGAGGAAGAAGAAGAAGAUGAUGACGAAUGUAGUAGUAGCAGUAGUAGUAGUUUAGAGGAAGAAGACGAGGAAGCAGAAGAAGAGGAAGACGAGGAAGAGGAGGAUGAUGAUGCCGAAUACCAAGCAUCAACAACAAAGACAUCUAAAGCAGAUUCAAAACUAGCGACAACAAGACAUAUAGUACAUGAUGGUGUACAAUUGAAGAGGAAGAGAGGACGCCCAUUCAAGGACCCACAGAAGCGACUGUGGCUGCAGUACGAACCAGUUGAUCCAGACACGGCCCCACUCUCGCCACCACCACUGCCACAGCUAAAACUACCAUCACGGCCACAACAGCAUCGACAGCAACAACGACUAUCAUUCAAGAAGCGAGGACAACAACAGAAGAAGAAGGCUGGACGACCAAUGGUACCAAUCAAACAGACACCAUCAUCAACACAAUCAUCACCAAGUAUGAAGAGAGUGCUAAAGAAGAAGAAGGUGCGAGCAUCAAGGAACGCACCAUCAGUGCCCACCGCCGAGGAGUACGAGGACGAAGAAGAGGACGAGUACAAGGGCAAAUCUACCACCACUACAACCACAACUACCACCACUACUACCAACGCCACAUCAACAACAAACAACAAAGGGAAGAAGCAGCGUGAGAGUGCGAGCGAACGAAAGAGAAUAGCAUCACUGGCCAAGGCAGAGACGACAACGGGCAUCACAGCAAAGAAGUCCGGCCUGAUAUCACUGAAGAAGGCGCUCAAGCUCAUCAAGAACCACCCGGCCGCGUUCGUCUCGAGCGUCUACGAGUUCUGGGUGAAGAAGCGCAUCAGCAGGAGCGGCCUGCCGAUCAUCAAGCGCUUCCAACCCUCCAUCCUGUACAGUCUGCGUCCGACGCUGCACACGCUAGAGUCGGGCGAGAACACCAUCUCUCACUUCAACAACCUAAUCUACAUUCGCAAGGACCUGGAGCGCGUGCGCACCAUUCUCGAGGUGAUGCGCAAACGCGAGAAGUCCAAGCGCGACCAGCUUCGCAACAUGAAGCAGAUCAUCGACCUCUUUUGCCACACGGACUAUCACUUCUUCCAGUCGACGAUCGACGCCCUGUCCAGUGUGGAGCAGUUCUCGCACUUUGUGCUUCCAGUCUCUGAGGCGCUGGCGCCCGACUACUUCACGGUGGUGGCCACGCCCAUGUCAUUCUCUGACAUCAAUCAGAAGAUCACACUCUAUGACUAUGACGACGACAGCGAGCAGUUCUUCAAGGACCUCCAGUUGGUGUGCUCCAACGCCAAGCUCUACAACAACCCCAAGUCCACUGUGUACAAGGCUGCCAAGCAUUUGGAGGACGUGGUGACCAUGCUCCACGAUCAGGAGAUGACCAUCUCUCAAGAGCAGCUUCAACAAGAGAUACAGCAUGUACUGCACCCCAAGAGCAAGAAGUCUACGGCGACGACACAAACAUCCACUCCAUCCAAGACAAUCACACCUGUACAACAGAUGAAUGGAAGGCGGAAGGGUGCAGCUCAGCCCCAUGCAUCCCCAGCCCCACCUCUCCAGUCCAGCAUGCGUACGAGGAGCAGCACUGGUAACAAGGCAGGCGUCGUGGAUACCGCAAGUGCAAACACAAAGGCGACUGAGGAGGUUUACGUGCCCAAAACACCAACCCUACUCAAGCCUCUGUCAUCAAUGCGAAGGAAACAUCGAUUGCAAGCCAAGGCGAACAACAUAUUGACGAACAUCUCAGACGAGCCCGAUACAAACGCCAACCACGAAGACGACGACGCUACCGCCCCCCUCCUUCCACCUUUGCCAACACUCCCAUCAAUCGUCACUGGAUCAUCGAGCAGCAGCAGCAGUUUAGGAGGCGAUAGCAGUGCCAACAGUAAUGGUGGACCAGUCCAUUCGGAUUCUGCCCAACAAGCACCUCCACCCUUCGUACCAUUUGUAAAGAAGCUUCGAUCACCCAAACCAACAUUGCCACUGCCGCCCACAGCAGCAGCAUCAGUGAUCAAGAGGCGCGUGAAGCGGAACUCAUUGUUCCAUCAACAGGACUCCAUACUGCAGUUCUGUAACAUUAGUGGAGUCGAGGAUCUGGAGAAAGCGUCACAACGGACUCCCACCGCUUCUUCUGGCGCCACACCUGGCAAACACAGAUGA